AUGGUUUCAACGGUUGCUGUAGCUGGCGCGACGGGUGGUAUAGGAAGAACACUCGUGGAACAGAUUCUAAAGGAGAACAAGUUCUCCGUGAUUGCUCUAACACGGAGUGAGAAUGUUAAAUCGCCUGUCAGCGGUGCGCAGUAUGUGCAGGUAGAUUAUGAAGAUAUCCCAGCACUUGCGAAACAAUUAGAGACCCAUGCAGUGCACACUGUCAUCUGCGCCAUUGGAAUGCUGGGACUUGAUUGCUCCGAAGCUCAAAUCCAUUUAAUCCGAGCUGCUGAGAAGGCGCAGACUGUGCAGCGAUUUGUUGCAAGCGAAUGGGGGUACUACACCAAAGAAGAGAGAAGGACUAUCGAUCCAGGAGUUGACUGGUUCCUAUCAGCUGCAGAUAUCCUGAAGGAAAGCAGAUUAACGUACACUCGUCCAGUAUGCGGUGCUUUCAUGGAUUUAUUAGGCACAGGCUCGCCGCGCAUGAAAUCACACAUCCCACCUAUGACCAUCGCAGUGGAUGUUUUAAAUCGAGAAGCAUGCAUACCUGCGAAUGGAAGUAACACUAUAACCAUGAUCUAUAGCUACGAUGCCGCGAUCUUGAUAGCAAAGCUGCUAGAGCUCGACGACUCGGAGUGGUCCGAGUUCAGCUUCUGCGCUGGGGUGGAUACUACCUUGAGUGAAGUCCUCAAAACAGCAGAAGAGGUCUGUGGUGAAAAGUUCAAAGUGACGUACAUGGAACCAGACGAUGUCAACAAAGGAGACGUUCCUAGUAUGAAGCCGCUCGAAGGAAGCGGAAUCCAGCACGAUGAGCAAAAGGAGUAUGGCUCUUUUGGCUAUCAACUUUAUCUCGCCGACGGAUUUCACUUACCUACACAAAAUCGAGUGGGUGAUAAAUUUUCAGACUUCAAGCCCACGACUGUUCGCGAAUUCUUGACCUCAUGCUGGGAUAAGAAGGCUUAG